AUGGACAUACCCCGAGUGCAGCGAGACGUGAAGCAGUUUCCCACUCGAUCCCAAUAUAAAGGCACCUGGGACUUACUAGGAAUGAGUGGAUAUGGUGUUUAUAAAUUUCCUAAUGACGUAGUUUACGAAGGGGAAUUCGAUGAUGGUAUGUUCCACGGUCAAGGCGAAUUGAAGUACCCGAGCGGGGAAAGACUUCGUGGAACUUGGAAGAAAGGGCAACUUACUAACCGGAAGCUCAUCUUCGCUGACGGACUAGAAUACAGUGAAACUGAUUGGAUGUAUUGUAGAAUGCCUGAUAGAAGAUUCACAAUAGAAUAUGACAAUGGGCUACAACCUGCUGGCCAAUCCUAUCUAACAGCAGAGCAGCCGUCGAGGACUAUACCGACUGGGUACUACGACACCGGAGAUGGCUUCUAUGACCCUCUGACCAAAGUUGUCUACAAGUUCGAUGAUUUAACUGCUAUUUUAAGAUCGCCAUCAGUCCGCGAACAGAAAUGGAUAAUAGAAAACUGCCGCACGUCACCCGAUAUACCGCUUGGUCCUCGCAAAGACCUAUAUGAAGAAUGGGUUGAACCGCAAGUACUACUACCAGAACCCUCAGCCCCCGCAUCUACUUGCAAAGCUACGGAAACACUUGGCUCAUAUUACGUAAAUGGGACUGAUCAAGAAAUAACAAACGACAGAAGUGGUCUAUUUUUAAGAAACUGGAGAAUAUCUUCCGGCAUAUUAUGGGACCAU